GAAGGUGAAGCAGAUGGACAUCGUAACCGCUUUUCUGUACGGCAUUGUGGAAGAGGAGGUGUACAUGGUUCAACCACCUGGCUAUGAGGAUGGAACCGGUCGUGUCUGCAAACUUAACAAGCCCAUCUAUGGCUUGAAGCAGGCCCCGAGAUGCUGGUACAACAGGCUGGCCAGUGCACUGGAAGGGAUUGGAUUCCGUGCGAGUGCAUGCGACAAGAGCCUGUUCCUGAUGGGAGAGGGGGAGUCACUUGUGCUUCUGCUGGUGUACGUGGAUGACAUCCUGCUCUUCAGCAGCAGUGACAAGGAGAUCGAUGGGGUGCAGCGGAAGCUCACAGAGCAGUUCAAGUGCAAGUCACUUGGAGAGGCAAGGUACUACCUGGGAAUGCAUAUUGAGCGGGAUACUGAACGUGGCUGGCUCAAACUGCAUCAGGAACAGUACAUCAACACCUUGGCUGAGAAGUACUCUCUGCAGGAAGAACGGGAAGUGGUCACACCUUUGCCUUCCGAGUUCAAACUCAUAAAGGCAGCUGAAGGAGAAGGAGUUGAGAGUGAAGACCAGAGGCAAUUCCAAUCCAUGGUCGGGAGCCUACUCUACGCUGCUGUGCAUACUCGGCCUGACAUCAGCUUUGCUGUGGGACAGCUGGCUCGAGUAGUGCAAAAUCCAACAGAAGAGCAGUGUGGUGCAGCGGAGAGAGUGGUGCGCUACCUCAAGUCAUACCCUACAGUGGGAGUACAGUAUUCAGCCUCUGCUCAACUCAGUCAAAAAGGAAUUGAAGUCCUCAAAGAGAAGGGGGAGCAGCUCGGAGAAGGAAAGGUGUUCCUUUCCUGUUUUGCUGAUGCCACGUGGGCUUCUGAGCAUGAGGAUUCAUCAUCAGUUGGUGGAUACAUCUGCAUGGUGGGAGGUGGGCCUGUAAGUUGGAGGUCCAAGAAGCAGUCUGAGACGGCACUAUCUUCAGUGGAAUCUGAGUACAUGGCGAUGUUUCAUGCGGCAAAAGAAAUCAUCUGGCUAAGGAGGCUCUUGAAGGAGAUCGGCCAUGAACAGACUUGUGCGACACCUCUGUUCAGUGAUAGCAAGGGAGCCAUUGCCAUGGCACGCAAUGCAGUUCUUCAUGGGUUGAACAAGCACAUGAGGAUCAAGUGGCAUUGGCUGCGGAAGGAGGUGAAGCUUGGGACACUGGAUCCGAUCUACGUGAAAACUCAGCAACAGCCAGCCGACUUCCUUACCAAGCGGCUAGCUGAAGAGCCACACUGGCGCUGUGCGAGGAUGGCGGGAAUGUCCUUGAACUAGAGACGGCGAAACAAGCCGACAGUCUGAGGGGGAGUGUGUUGGUGCAUAUUCAUUUGCACGUCAUCCUGUCGUCUGUUCGCAUCAUUUCGUUUGCAUGUGUUUUGUGUGCUACGUUGUUUGUAUGGUUUGUUGGGUUUGCAUGUCUUUGCAUGUUCAUCUUGUGCUUGUGCAGAUGUGCUUGGAUUGUGCAUGACAUCGAGCACAUUCCAACGAGCCAAGAAUUGUUGGAAUCGGAGCACAUAUAAAGAAGUUACGAAGAAAUGUUUGAUGGAUUUGUUACAACUCAUUGGAAGUCCUUGUCAGCUGCUACACCAAAGUUGGAGAGCCCUAUAACGAGGAGGGACUAGCAUGUGUGGGACUUUUGUCCCCACCUUGCAGCUGCAGCAUUUGGGGUUUGGAGGCCAACCUGGCACAGUGUGAAUUUUGUCUUGCCAGGCUGGCUGAACCUGAGGAUGGGGAGUCAAAACUUUGACUCUUGUCAUGUUCUUGACCAUGGGCCUCCAGGGUCCUUCCCUUUCAUCCUUCCCUUCCUACCCCACCUUCCAACUGUCCUUCAAUGCCUUUUCUAUCAUGCGUAUGAUCUUGUAAGCUUCAAUUAUAGUGACUCUGAGGACUGUCAAC